AUGGAGACCGCACAGCAAGCCCCCCAGCCUGGGUCGCUGAGCUGGCGGCUAAGCAGCCAUCCCAUUACCCUUCUUACCUUUCUCUUCUUCCGCAUAUCAUCCCUACUCGUCUACCUCCUCGGCCUGCGCCUCCUCACCUCCAACUUCGUCCUCAUCUUCAUCAUCACGAUUCUCCUCCUCGCAAUGGAUUUCUACUACCUGAAAAAUAUCGCAGGGCGACGCCUCGUCGGCCUCCGCUGGUGGAACGAGGUGGAUAGCCAGACAGGCGACGGGCGCUGGGUGUUCGAGAGCGCGGAUCCAGAGACACGCGAUGUGAAUGCGACGGAUAAGCGGUUUUUCUGGCUGGCGUUGUAUGCGCAACCCGUGCUGUGGAUUGUACUGGCCGUGGUGGCGUUGGUUAGUUUGCAAUUUAUUUGGUUGACGCUUGUUGUCAUUGCGCUUGUCCUCACGAUUACGAAUACCCUUGCAUUCUCGAGAUGCGACAAGUUUAGCCAGGCGACUGGCUUUGCCUCGAAUGCAAUGUACGGCUCUGGGCUUGCAAGAAAUCUGGCCGGUGGUAUGAUUUCGAGCUGGUUUAGGCGCUGA